AUGGAUUCCGAUGAGAUUCGGGCAAUUUUAUCGAGAUCGCGAGUGGGGAUUUGGGCGCUGAUUGACACGGCGAUUAAAGUGGCCAUUUCUGACUACGCCGAGGAUUUGAAGCAUCGCAGAGAUAAAAUCGUUGAGUCGCUCUAUUCUUCCCCUUCCUGUAAUCAGCUCUGCCAAAACUGCAAUAGCAGCAUCAACGUCGAGUCAAAUAAUCGGAAUUCUACUGGGGAAGAGGAACAAGAAGAAGAAGAUUUGGAUCCGUACGGGGGGCUAUUUGAUGAUGAGCAGACCAAAAUUCUCCGAUUCAAAGAGCAGCUUGAAGAGCCUAACCAGACUGAAGAAUAUGUGGUGGAAUUGCUGCAAAAUCUGGCAGAUAUGGAUAUUACUUUCCAAGCGCUAAAGGAAACUGAUAUAGGAAGGUAUGUCAAUGGAUUGCGAAAGUAUCCCUCAAAUGAAGUGCGCAGAUUGGUGAAGCAGCUUGUUAGGAAAUGGAAAGAAACUGUGGAUGAGUGGGUUAAGGUGAACCAACCGGAAGCAUCGUCAAACCUGAUUGCUGAUGGGGACUCACCUCAGCAGAACAUGUCCAAAAAUCAACACAAUGGCCAUCACCAGGUGCCAGAUUUUGGGUACUCUCCGAAUCCACAGAGCGAAUAUGGGAAGUCUGGACCAGAAAGGAACAGUUUGGAAUACGAACCAAAGUCUAAACCAUCUCAAUCUGUCUCUCGUAGGGAAACUCCAUCGAGACCACCGCAACCAGUUCCUAAAUCUGCUUCUGCUCCUCCUAAUAAACAACAACGGGAAGCUGCCAUAGAUGAUGAAAGGCUGAACUCCGCGAGAAGGCGACUUCAAGAAAACUACCAAGAAGCUCAGAAUGCCAAAAAGCAAAGGACAAUUCAGGUGAUGGAUAUUCAUGAGAUUCCCAAGCCAAAGAAUGGCUUCAUUGGCAGGAAUAAAGGCAGCGGCUUUCAGGGGAGGAAUCACCGACAUGAAAUCGUUGGUCUUGUUACAAAAACUGGAAGUGAUGUUCAGAAGUUUAAGGCUGGUGGCCGAGUUGGAGUUGGAGCGAUGGUUGGCUCUUACAUGAAAUCGUUGGAAACGUACUUAUGCAGACAUGAAAUCGUUGGUCUUGUUACAAAAACUGGAAGUGAUGUUCAGAAGUUUAAGGCUGGUGGCCGAGUUGGAGUUGGAGCGAUGGGAUCAAGACGGCACAAAAACAUAGGUGGUUAUUCUGAUAUAAUUGUUGUUGACCAGCCAUUUGUGCUUCGCAUUCCUGAUAACUUGUCAUCAGAAGCAUGUGCGCCUUUACUGUGUGCUGGGAUCACUGUCUACAGUCCAAUGAAAUACUAUGGGAUGACUGAACCUGGAAAACAUUUGGGCGUGGCAGGACUUGGGGGACCUGGUCAUGUUGCUGUGAACACCUCUCCGAAGAAAGAAUCUGAGGCUAUCAACAAGCUUGGUGCUGAUUCUUUUCUUGUUAGUACUGAUCUUGCUCAGUUGAAGGCUGCUAUGGGAACCAUGGAUUUCAUCAUUGGUACCAUUUCUGCAGUUCAUCCCUUGGCCAUAUUGCUUGGUCUCUUGAAGAUGAAUGGAAAACUGGUUACUGUUGGCCUGCCUGAUAAGCCCUUAGAGCUACCUAUUUUCCCUCUAGUGAACCGACGGAAGCUUGUUGGUGGAAGUGACAUUGGAGGCAUGAAAGAGACACGAGAUGCUAGACUUCUGCGGGAAGCACAAUAUAAAUGCAGAUAUUGA